AGAGGAUUAUUUAAGGAAGCACACAUUCCCUGGCAGUCAUCUGUUUAACUAGCUGUUAACAGGUAGCAUAUCUCUUCUGAAGAAACUACAGCAAAUUGUUGCUCACAACAGUCCUCUUGUGCAGCUCCUAAUCAGAAAAACCAAAAGCCACCCAACAGCCUUGCACAGACCACAGCAAUAUCCUUGUUCUUCUGCAUCCCAGUGAAGGGUCAACUCAGAGAAAAUAAAAUGGCAGUGACCAUGGAUGAAAACACAGCCAACAAAUACCUGUCGGUGACCAAUGGGAAACAAGUCAAAGUGAAUCCUACAGCCUCUGACAAACCCCCCAGUCUGGAUAGGUUUGACAUGAAGCCAUGUGUUCUGAGCAGACAAGCAUACAACUCAGGCAUCAUAAAAGUUGAAGUGGAUGUAGAUAAGAUAAACAUGUGGAGAGUUGGAGUUGUUACAAAGUCUGCCAAACGCCACGGGUUCACCAUGAUGCAACCCAGUAAUUACUACUGGGUUGUAGAGUGGAAUGGGCGUGAAUUGGUUGCUCUCGAUUACACGCAGAUAGUCAUUCAUAAAAAAUUUAUCCGAACGCUAGUCAUGUAUCUGGAUGUCGAUAACAAGAAAGUUACAUUUGAUGUUGACGACAAUGUCAAUGUCUACACUUUUGAUAGGAUGGCUUUUUCUGAGCCUCUCUAUAUACUAUUUUCUACUACAGAUGAAAACAAUCAACUUACAAUCAAAUAACUCUGUAGCUCUGGAAGUAAUGAAGCAGAUGAUUGCUUUCCCAGUGGAAAGCUA